AUGACGUUCUCGGCCGAUAUCGAUGCGGCUGUGCAGGAGAUCCAGCGCGUAUGCCCUGGUGUUGCUUCGGAUGAGGCUGCUCUGGCAUCUCUGCUGCUGUCAAAGAGUGUAGAGCAGCGCUGCCUGAUUUGGUGGCGCUACCGCACCCUGUACAAACAGAGCUUGACGGUGUGGAUAAAGAGCACGAGCGACUAUGGCGUUCUGCUGAAGAUGCUCGCAAGUCCUUUGGAGCAAGUGGAAGCUGAGAUCCUACAAAAGGCGACAAAGGGAUUGGGCACAACGGAGGAGUGGAUCUACCCGGUCGUGAUGGCUCGCACAAAUGCUUAG